UGUGCUGUGAUCACAGUGAAUGUCCCUGCUAGGCUUCCGUACAGUACCACCACUCUGACUUUGUGUAACCUUGCUGGGUGUGUGUGCACUUUAAUAGGGGACUUCCUUGUCUCAGCCAGCCCAGACAAUGUGUUGAUUCUUCAUCUUUCUGUGGUGUGGUGUACGGUCACGUUGUUUCCUUACUUAUUUGAACAGGUGGUUUAGUCCCUUUAGUGGGAUCACUGAGCUGGUAAAUAACGUGCUGCAACCGCAGCAAAAGUCCCAAAAUGAGAAGGAGCCUGAGCCUGAGACUGUGACUGAGACUGAGACUGAGACUGAGACGUAAGUAAGAUGUUCACUGUCUGCCCCUGAACCAGACAGUUACUGUAGUAGGCCUAAACAUACAGCAUGGCUGACUAGUGUGGUCUGUACAGUAUGUUUGACCUCUCACCUGUCAGAUAGUGCCAAGAGCAUAGGCGGCGCGUGAGUCUCAAGUUUGGGGAAGCUCAUUUUCACCAUAGAAAUUCACCUUUAUAAUAAAGCAUUCCAUGUAUCAUCGCUUUUGCAGACUUACUAUUCCUAAUGUGAUGAGUAAAUUGGAUAGUCGUAAUUUAUGCUAAUAAUAUAACUCAAUCACUGUUCGGGAAAAAUGUGGCCUUUUAUAAACACAUUUCAUGCAAUUCUACUACACUUUAUAUGACUGGAAGUUUAUUUUUAUUUUUAUUUCACCUUUAUUUAACCAGGCAAGUCAAUAAGAACAAAUUCUUAUUUACAAUGACGGCCUGGCAAGAGGCAAAAGGCCUCCUGGGCUGGGAUAAAAAAAACAAAAAAACAAUGAAAGACAAAACAGACAACACAGACAGAAGACACUGGCAAUAGCACAAAUACAACAGCACACACACAGUGGAUGUGUGUGUGUGUGUGUGUGUGUGUGUGUGUGUGUGUGUGUGUGUGUGUAUGUGUGUGUGUGUGUGUAUGUGUGUGUGUGUGUUUGUGCUGGCAUGUGUGUGGUGAGUGUGAAGUAAAACAACGUUCUUCCUUACAGAAGGCAACGCAAAAUAUUGACAUCGGGUGACAACUAGAAACAAUUACAUGUCUCAACAACCUGUUCGUCUAUUUGUCCAUUGAACUCCUCCAGGGACACCAGGUCCUGAAGUUUUAGGUUGGCUUGGAGGGAAUUCCAAGACCAGGGGGCUGAGUAAUGAAAUAACCUUUUUUUCCAUGCUCAGUUCAAAUUUUCGUGACUGUUAGCCUAAAACAAGAUUGAGAUCUGAGCUUGAAUGUGUUUUUAUUUCAAACUAGAAGAGAGGAUAGAUAAAAUGUCUGUUUUGCUAAAAUGACCUUAUAAAUUAGAAUGUACCAGUGUUAGAGCCUGCGUGUUGCUAGUGAUGUCUACCCUACAGAUCACAAUGGUGAGUUAGAUAGACAUCUCUGAUUGGUGACAAAACAAAGGACUGCAUGAUACAUAGAGUCAUGAGCCCUCAGUGUAGAGCUUGAUGCUCGCACAUAAACAGCUGAAUCUUUUUUAAUAUGACAAAAAUUACAGGGUAGUUUAUACUCUGCUGACUAACAAACAGAUCAAUCAAAAACAACGUUGUCUGCAACUAUCUAAUAGGCCUACAAAAAGAGGAGACAGAAAUACAAAAUGGAGGAGGAAAUUAUUGUCCAAAAACAAACUUUCAAGUGACACUGACUCAAUGAUAAAGAGAGUGAAUAUACGCACUCAACCGGGGAUACGGCCGAUGCUUGGCUGGUGCCAAUAAGAUAGUGGCUACUGUUUGCUCAAUGAAAUUGAGAAUUUUGAUAACAGACAGAUUAGAGUCUUGUCAUGGUCUUCUCCUUACAGCAAUAGCCAUUUGCUUUUCAAACUGUUUUCCCGCAAUUGUAUUUUGAAAUAUUGCGAAAUGCCUGGCUGGGCCUCUUUUUCACUCUUUCACUUUUGCAACUCAAUUAUCAUCUAUUUGGUAUUUGCUGUGCACGCUGCCCAAAUUGCAGGCCCUUCUGACAGGCUAUGUGAUUUAAAAAAAUUCCACAUACUUUUUUUUAAAGAAGCUAAUGAUUUCUGGUGUAGUAACCUAUUUUGAAUGAUUUGAUGUAUUUCUGUAUAGACAGGAUUAGGCUAAUUAGGCUAUAUCAGUUUGGCAAUUUAAUUGAAUUUACUUUAGGGGAAACCUUAUGGACACGCUGCCUAUGGCCAAGAGUCAAGUCUGCUUUCAAAGGAUAGUUUUGGACAGCUGAAGCAAGCGCACAAUAUUUCUUCAGGAAAAUGACCAUAUCCUUUAGGAUUAUUUUACUAUGGUGAAGAAUACAACAAAUUGCAUGUAUAAAAUGCAUUAUAUAUUUUUGGAUUAAGUGACACACAUUUACAUUUUACAACUGUGAUAGUGCCAAAAUAGUAAUAGACUAUAUCAAUAUUGCAUUGUGGUUGAAUAAAUGCAUCUGACGUGCACUGUGACUGUGCUAUAUCACAGAAACAUGACAUCAGACGGUAACAUCAAUGUUAUGUCACCCAGUCAAACAUCCACAAGAAACACAACUUCAAACAUUUAAAAGGCAUGUCUUGAUAAGAUAACCCUCUGAGUUCAUACAUAAGGCCAACAGGCAGACACGUAUUGAGUUGCCGGGCUUGGCUGGGUCCUGGUAGGGAUACUAUGUUGACUCUGUCAAACAGUAUACAGUAGAGGCCAGGGCAGGGCUCAUGUUUCAGCCUGUUUAUGCAGCCUGUGUUGGUGUGGUUCAGAGGUAAGAAGGGUCGGAUAGACAGUCAGAGCUGGGACAAUGAGCAGCAUAUGAUUACACGUCAGCUGUGUCAUGCGCGUUUGACCACGUUUGACCGAGGGGGAGACGGAUGGGGAACGGGAGCCAUCCACCAGCUGCCUGCACCUCUCAAUAUCCCUCUCUCCUCCUCCCUCUCUCCUCCUCUACUUCUCUCCUCCUCCCUCUCUCCUCCUCUACUUCUCUCCUCCUCCCUCUCUCCUCCUCUACUUCUCUCCUCCUCCCUCUCUCCUCCUCUACUUCUCUCCUCCUCCCGCUCUCCUCCUCUACUUCUCCUUCUCCUCCCUCUCUCUCCCUCUCCUCCUCUCUUCCUCUCCUCCUCCUCUCUCCUCCUCCUCUCUCCCCCUCUCUUCUCUCCUCCUCCCUCUCUCCUCCUCCUACCUUCUCUCCUCCUCCCCUCUCUCCCCUCUACUUUCCCUCUCCUCCUCCCUCUCCCCCUCUCCCUUCCUCUCCCUCCUCUCCCUCUCUCCUCCUCCCCUAACCCUCUCCCUCUCCCUGGCCAUCUCCUCUCCCCUCCCCUCUCACUCUGGAGAGUCCCAACCCCUUCCUUUCCCUCUCUUCCUCCUUCUCUCCUACCCUCUCCUCUACCCCCUCCUCUCUCCUCUCUCCUUCUACCUCCUACCUACCUCUCCUAACCCUCACUCCCCUCCCUCCUCCUCUUCCUGUUGAGAGUCUCUUGAAUGGUAGCUCUCUAGUGACUCUCUCUAGUGAAUCUAGGAGCAUCUAUACGCUCUCUAAACCUGGGUUUUCAAACUUUUUGGGGCCGGGGACCCCUUUUGUGAUAGCAAAUUCAUCAGGGACCCCCUCAUAACUCGAGUGAGAUAAAAAUAGCAAGGACUUUUACUUUGACUUCGGUAGUGCAUUGCCAGACUAACCAGGUUUCGGGCCCUGGGAAGAAACAUUUUAAAGACCCCCUUCUUGGCAUCGGAGACAAAGAAAUUGUAGUUUUCAAGCUAAUUUCCUGCUGUUUUAGACAUUUUGUCAUGGGGCAGAGAGAUGUUUUGUUGUUACAGCUUCUAAGCUAAUAUCCUGCAAUUCUACAUGUUUUGCCAUGAGGCAGAGAGAAAAGUUAGCAGUUUUAAAGCUUAAACUAGAGUCCUUAAUGGAAACAAUAACAAAGUGGUCAUCCCACCUGUGUUUUGGUAAAAAACUGAGGGUUUGGCCUGGAGAAAUGUAACCACUCUCAAAUUCAUAGACAGAGCUAUGGAUGCAAGGAAUGACUGUCCAUGAAAUCAUAAUUAUAGUUCUAUCAAUGUUUUGAGGCUAUACAGUGUUUGUUUACAUUUACAUUGUUUACAAACAUUAGAGUAAAACAAGCUAUUUUAGGUUCUGAUGGGCUAAGACAGUUGAACUAAACUCAUGAGACAUUUAUAAGUUAUAUUCUUCAAGACUCAAUUCGUACAAAUAGUAUUAAAUUGAAAUUAUUUUAAUUGGUGGAGCACUGUGGAUACCAAAAUCCCUGUGAGCCUCGCAGGCCCAUUUGACCCAGGGUUAAGAACAUAAGUUGUAGAUUAAUUAUAUUAAAUUGUAUUUUAUUGUAUUGUAUUACACCCUCUAAACUUAUUCCACGGAUCCCUUGGCCCAAAUGUAAUCUGUGGUUAGAAAUAUUCUUAUUUUGUUGUAUCUGGCCGUGGACCCCCUCCAGUACUGCGGACCCCACUAUGAGAACCCCUGCUCUAAACAGCAGACACUGCUACUCAAUAUGCACAUUUCAAUUCUUCUAUCCGUAGAUUUGGUCUGGUAUCUGUGUGUGUGUGUGUGUGUGUGUGUGUGUGUGUUAAACAACACUACACCACCACGUCCCAGGUCUAAUCUGUGUUCAGUAUAUAGUGACAUUAGUAGCCCAGUGUUAUUUAUCCAGUGUGGGUACAGUAGCAUGGCAGGGUGGCACACAUCUAUCUAGUGUUCAGCAGGGUGAUAGUCGUCAGACAGGGCCAAGCCACAUCGAGUCACGCACCAAUUACAUUUGGGAUCUAAAUAAGAGGCCUGUUUGUGGGAAAGAAAAGGCAGCAUGUUUAUCACCUCCACGACACCAAGCCAUGCAUACGGACGGUAAAACGAUAGCUCUGGUUAAUAAUUCACGUGACUAAUGAAUGUUGCAGGGGAAAAUGUGGAGAAGAAACCAAUUCUAAUCGCCAUAUUAUGAAGUCAGCCAGGGUUUUCGUUUCCAAGGAUACACUCGAUUGACAUGUGUCAUACAAAAUGCAUGCUGGUCUGUCUGUGUGAGGAAGCGUUUCAGGGUCCUCUGGUCCUCAGGUCCAGUUGGACCUGUCAUGUGUGGGGGUGUCUGGGUGGGUGGGUGUAUUGGGAGAGUGUAGGAGAAGAUAACACUGAAUGUACAUCUAGUGUUUUGAGCAGGCGCUGCAGAUCAAAGAAGAUGUUGAGCUAAAAGAAAAUGAAGGCGUACUUCCAAAUGGCACCCUUUUCCCUAUUUGGCACCCUUUUUUUUACAGGGCACUAGUCAGUAAACCACAUGGAGGCCUACACAAUAAUCUGAUUCCUCUUCACUGUCUAAAGGCACUGUUAGCCGAUGGUUGAAUGGAUCCUGUAGUGUAGGCUACCCAGUCAUGUUGUUGCUGUGAAAAAACUGAUUUGACGUGUUCUUUUCACUGAAGUGUGAGCAUUGAGAUUUGGAGGGCGGUAUUAGCUUAUGUCUCGGCCCCGCCCUGAAGUUUACGUCUCGGCCCCGCCCUGAAGCUUACGUCUCCCGCCCUGAAAUAGAAACACAAGUACAAAUGAUUAAUUAAACGCCGGGAACCUGAGUCAGUGGAAUUAAGUUAGGCUCUUUAACUUGCAAUGCGAACUCUAUACCUUCCUACCUGGCCCGCCUUGUUUCAGUAAAGAUGGGUGCAGCUCUAUGUGAAUGGAGAUCUAUAGUAACAUUACAACAAUAUGCAAUGCAGAAAAUACUCUGAAACAUUUCCAACUCUGACAGUUGUAUGUAACGAAUUGUAGGUUAUUUGGUUUACAAAACAUUUUGGUUACACUUUCUAUGAGUGUAUUAAAUCAAGGACGUUAUAAAGCAUGUUCUUCAUAGAAAGUGUUCCCUACAUUUCUCUUUCAAAGGAAUCAGAGCUACAUACACCACUUUGCUUUGCUAUCUACCAACACUAAUGGACAUCACACACACCUGCAGUUAGCUACAGCACAAAGUUCUGAUAUGUACCUGUACAACGACUACACAAGAUCCAAGGGCACAUCUGAAAUGACUUCCUAUCACCUCAUGUGCAUUGUUAUACACGGGCAAAAAGUAGUGCACUUUAGCGGGACUAGGGACUAGGGAACCAUUUAGGACAAAGUUUCUGUUCUGAACGGUUCCUUUCCUAACAGCGUUCCUCUCUUGCUUCCUUCCUUCCUUCCUUCCUUCCUUGCAGGAAGUUGCACCAGCAGUUUGAGAGCUACAAGGACCAGGUAAAGAAGAUGGGGGACGAUACGACCCCGCAGACGGGGACGACAGGAGAACCCCAGAAGAACCCCAACGACUCUCCUACCUGUGGGAUUUGCCACAAAACCAAGUUCGCUGACGGCUGCGGCCACCUCUGUUCAUAUUGCCAAACGAAAUUCUGUGCUCGGUGCGGAGGACGAGUGUCUCUGCGGUCAAAUAAGGUGAGGAGGUUGAGCCUAGUUUGUCUGUGUCUAUGAACGCACACACACACAUGCAUGAUGCACACACACACAUAUGCAUGCAUAUGUAAGAUUACAGUGAGAAGGUGGAAGUAAUUUGUCAAUACAACACGUUUCAUAUAAUCACAUGCAGGCCAGGCCAGCUGUUGUGAGAGAGUGGUUUUUGCUGCUACUUUCUCGCUUGGGUCCCAAAAAUAGCCUGACUAGUCCAUCCAUUUCUGUCUCAAAUCAAAUCCUCCGCUGGGUUAUGAAACAUUAGUGUGGAAUCAGAAACUGGGCCUCAAGCCAGAUACAGACAGUGGUGCAGCUCACAACACAUCCCCUACUGAAGAUCUAUACCAUAUACCAACUCCUACCAAUGUUUAUCCCAUUCAAAUACUCUCUACAUGACUUUGUUAGACUCUGACUGUAAAUAUGAUGAGGGAUGAUUCUAGAUGCAGGGAUUCUUGUUUUCACUUGGCCGUCAGGUAGCCUAGCAGUUAUAAGUGUUGGGCCAGUAACCAAAAGGUUUCUGGUUCGAAUCCCAGAGUCGAUGUGCCCUUGAGCAAGACACUUAGCUCUGGAUAAGAGGGUCUGCUAAAUAUGUCAAAUGUUAGUAUAUUUCUUUACCACUGGGGGGAGCUUCUCCCCUGGCAUCUCACGACAGCCCUAAAUCUCAUGGCAGCUGUGUAUUACCAUGCUGCUCCACUGUCUAACUAACUAACCUUGUUGUGAAAUCCCUCCUACAGAGUAAGCUUUAGCUUUGACGUAUUAUUAUGUGGCUGAGUGUUUAUGCUUGGUGCCGUCCGAUACCCUCACUGUCGGAAUGCGAUGUGUCAAAGUGUACUAAUGUCACUCACAAUCUUUCUCCCCCUUCCUUCUUCUUCUCUCUCUCUCUCUCUCUCUCUCUCUCUCUCUCUCUCUCUCUCUCUCUCCUCUCUCUCUCCUCUCUCUCUCUCUCUCUCUCUCUCUCUCUCUCUCCCUCUAUCUCUGUCUGCUGCAUUCCUGCUCUCAUGGAAUUGCAACAGGAGGACAAAGUGGUUAGCAAAUCCUUUUCCAACCUUUUGCGCAUCUCGACUAAGACAAGUCUGAAUAGAAGCAUCGCUCCUUCGCCCCAUAAGAUGCUUCUCAGACUGUAAUAUACACAUACAGUACCCUGAAUACAAAUGUCAGAUGGUUUUUGACCAAUCACAUCUGUGAGUCAAUCAUAUCAUGCUGAAGGCCAGACCAAAACAGAUCAUUGGUAUGACCAAAGGACAUAUAAAGUAUAUGGCAGAAAAUAUGUUUCGGUAUCUUUGUUCCAUUUUCAAUGCAAAGUUUGGACCAGAUCCCUGUCAAGGUUUCCCCUAAACAGCUAUAACUGAGCUGAAUGAGCUGAGAGUCCACCUCCACUCGACCGUCCGUCCAUCACCUGUCUGUCUUUGUUGUUGACUGAUAAUGGGUGGAGGAUGGGUCUCCUCCAGAGUUGUAGCCUACAGAUGGUGUUGAGUAGCGGCUGUGGGCUGGCAGCAGGCAGCAGCAGCAGGGUUGAGACAGUGUGAUGAGUAGCUGGAGUGUUGGCAGAUCUGCCCUGGGAUCAGAUCAAAGGGUAGGAGGAUAGGCCCACUGCUGCCCUGCCCACUGUUUGCCUGGUAUUGUAGCCAUCUGUCUUCUUGGCCAUGAAAAUACAUUAGUUGCGUCCCAAAUGGCACAUGCAGCUAAAGUAUUUGAAAGCAAAACAGUUGUUAUUACAGGUCUGGAGGUGGAAGAAGUACAAUAGAGGAAUGGAGAUGGAGUUAGAUGGAGAUAGAUGGAUGGAUGGUGGGGGUGGAGGUGGAGGUGUACAUACGUUCAGUAGAUGUGCUGCUGUCUUAUCCAGAGGGACACCGUUGACACAGACACUGCCUCCCCUGUAUCUGGUUGCAGGGCUCCAAGCCCUCACGGAGCCCUCAUGGCCAGCUGAUCCAGGGGUUUGGUUCCCAGACAGGGCUGGGUGACCAGAUAGUUUUUCAACCCAAGGAGGGUGAUGUCACUGGGGGUCCAACUGCUGGACCUCUGAGGGCAGGGCCCAUGGACCUAAAGGACAAGUCUCAAAUGGCACCCUAUUCCCUAUAUAGUGAACUACUUUAUACUAGAGCCCUACACAUGUUGGACACAAUAAAGCCCUUUCAUGUUUACACACACAUGCCACGUGCACACAGACUCUAACACAACCAUUUUCAUGGUCUCAUAAUAAGAAUAGAUGUUAUGUUAUUGCAAGUUCAUUAACUAAGACUAUAUAGCUCAGUUGGGGAUGUUUUGGUAAGCCCAACCACCUACAGUAGCUCGUCUCAUCUAAAGCUUGUGUGUCAGUAAAAGUGGUGGUUGUGGUGGUGGUGAAAUCUGUUAUUUUUCCAUCAGUAUUCUCUUUCCUUCCCACAAACAGUGACAGCCGUGACGAGAGAUCUCUUGUUCUGUGAAACGGCAUCAAUAUUUACACGCCUCAAUGUCUGGGGCCUCUAUCAGAGCUGUUGGACACUGGAAUACGAUAGGCCAGACUGGCAGCUGAGAGUUUCACAGAGACGCAGGAGAAGAAGCAGAAGGAGUGAAGGUGGAUUUGAGCUACAUUAGAAUGAGCCCCGAGAUUAUUUAUUUUCUUAUUUAGUCUAGUAUAGCCUAUCAGAUACAUGGUUAUGACAAUAAAAUAUGAUAUUUUACUAUAUAUCUUUCCUUGAUAUUAGCCUACAGUAAAGAGGUGAAUGACAUCCAGUGUGAUUAGACAGUUAGUCCAGUACUGAUACUGGGCAGUCUAGUCUAGGCUCAGCUGCUACACAUUAGACAAACCUGAUAUAGGUGGAGCCUUUGAAAGACAUACUGUGCACUAUGUACAUUUUCUGAACCCCCAGAGUCCUUAUAGCAGGACUGUUCACCAUUUCAAUUCCUCUGAUGUUGCUAAAAAAUGCCUCAGGAAUCAACAGUCUCCUGAGACCAAGUCAUUCGUGAUUAAAGCGACUUUUGAGGACAUCACAUGUGCUGUGGUGCUCUUGGCUCUCAGCUCUCAUUCACUCUGCUGCAAACUAACAGAACUCACACUUACUGGAUCUUUCUGGCCUCAUCAAAGUAAAAAAUAGCCUAAUAUUCCAGUGAAUUUAGAAGAGCACGUUGUUGUGGCGCAUCAGAAAUAGCUUGGUGAGUCCCUGAGCGUCACGGCCGUGUAACGGCACACAUUGGAUUCUUUGAGCACAGUUGGGCCGCCCAGCACCACUGGGGGACGCGCUGCAUUUAUAAUGAGCUCGAAUAAGCCCCGGUAGCGGGAGACUCACGCCCGCAUCUAUUAGUAAUGAAGACUUAACUAGUAGGCCUAAUACAGCGGCGGGAAAAACAUGAUUGCGCGCUUUCUUGCUCACUAUUGCACAUCUUUUCUCCCAUGAAGAUGCUUCUGAAUGCUCCUUUUUUUGUUUGCCGCGUUUCAAAAUUGGAAUCCUGCAUUUAUGAAGGGGCUGUAACGUUUUCUAUUUGACAUCGUGGCAGACACGUAUUUGGUUAUUUUCUGUAAAUAAUCUGUUUAGGAAAAAAUCAUGGUUGGAACAUAAGACUGUCUGACUGGGUUGUAUUAUUUGCAGCCUGGACAAAUCACAUACAUUAUUAGCAUCGCGUAACCUUCACGGGGCUACAUUGAGCAGAGCUAGCUGCCUGCCUGUUGUCGGAGUAGGUGCUGUCCGCGGUGCUGAACGGUGCUGAAGGUCGGCGCCUCUGUCUGUCUCCUCGGUUCUUCCUGAUUUUACCGCACGCUGCCCCGUAACAUUUCCACGAAAUUAGGAUUACAUACAUUGUUUUUUCUGCACGGACAUGAUACUUCCCGUCAUUACCAUGGGUAAGCUAAAUGUAAAAUGGAUUGUCUUGGCUUGGUAAUCAUUCAAUACGAUGGGCUCACAAUCAGCGGUUUGGAUACUGCAUUUACAAUGCACGUGUAGGCUAUAGACUAUUGUGCACUGUUUGCAUAAGCAGUCAGAGUAUUUUAAUGUCGAUUAUCAUAUGACCAAUGAUGAAUGAAGCAUUAUAUAGGCUAUUAUGAAUGCCCUACAUGUUAUAAACACCUUGUUAUAGCCUAGGUGAGGGCAGGUCGUCUGAAGACGUGUAUAUAGAUUUUUUAGGCUAUGUAGUGCUCAUUGUUGGUGAAAGUUCUAAUUACAUCAUGUUCUCUGAAAUUCUGAAUAGAUAUGGUCAUUUCUAAAAUGUAUGUGAAACGGUGAACAGCUCUUUGAUAAACCGACAUUGCAUGCCAAAUUCUUAAGUAGGACCAAAAAUAGACUUUGGCUUUGUAAAUAAUGUCACAGGGCUUAGGGGGGUCUGUGAAAGACAUCUGCCAUCUCUCUGUGUGAAUCCAGUCACCCCAUCUCUCAAGCCGCACUCAUCUUUCUCUUUCAGGUCUUUCUGAACUUUGGUAAAAAUAAAGGGGCAUACAUUUAUGCAUCAAGUCUAUUAUUAUUACUACCACGCGCCUGACACACUAAAUUUAGAACCUCAUUAAAAUGUAAUGCACCACGUGCCAGGCAGUGUUGGAGCACGUGAGUGUCGGCUCUUCUUUCAUCUCUAUUUAGGCUACACCGUUUCAUGAAAUAUACUUUAAGAAAUGUUUCCCUCAAGAUCUGUCUUUUUGAGCUCUUUACACACACAGAUUCAGAAGAAUGUGGUAUAUUUAAUCUUAGAUAGGUUCAAUAUAUUUUAUCACACAUGUUUUUAAUAACACAAAAAAAACUUGUGUUGUGUGGGGGAAAGGAGUGCAGAAUGAUUGAAUAUGUUCUGUAUGUUUCAGACACAGUCGAAUCAAGUGCAAACUCAGUUUCAAAGCCAAGAUGUUCCCAGACAUGUUCCCUUAAACAAUGAGUUUUUAAUGAGCUCAGUUAAAUUCAGACCAGGUGAGACUGAGAGGGAAACAGGCAAUAGGAUACCUAUGACAGUUCAUUCAACAUCACAUGAAUAUUUGACCAUGACACACAUCUCUUUAUGGUAUGUGAUAUUUUUGUUCUCUGCAUGCUAUGAACAAGAUACAGUAACAUCUGAUGGUUGGGAAUGCAUUUAGUCUGAAGGAUAUGAAACCAAGUAUGUGUUUUUGUCUCCCAAAAGAACAGUGAAUAUUUGGACUCAAGUAAUGCAACAAUGGUUGCAAUUCUCUUAAUAGUUAAAAAUGGUCACCAUGGUGUUUUUAUUGUUAGGUUUAGUUGAACUUAAAUCCUAUAGCUUUGAAGUUUGAUAAUAUCAUGCUCUUCUCAACUGUUUUGGUAGGAUGCUGUUGUAGUGUAGUGCUGCUUCUUGGCCACAAGAGAGAGCUCAAUGACUUGAGUAUUGGCUACUGGAACAUACGCAUCAGAAAGAGGUGAUUGUCUUCUCCCUCCCCUGUUAACUUUACUUUGAUGUACUGUAGGGCCUCAGGCUUGACAGCUAAACACAGCUCAGCACAAACUGGGAUAGCUGAAGGCUGCUCUCCAUCUUAAAGGAGUUUCAGUCAAUGCUGUAAAUCGUCUUUUAGAAAGUGAUGAACAUACACUACAUUGGUCAUCGAAAGCACCACCACAGCACCAUCCUUGUAAAAAGCUAUAGCAGUGUUUUGCUGUAGAGAUUUGCAACACAAGAGGUUGUCUGAACACUAGGCCUACUAAUCUUAGAUAUAAGUUAUUGAUUCAAGACCAGAUGGAUUAGCCUUCUACAGACUUUGUGGCGCAGCAGAAAGAUCAGCAUACCCCAAAUCCAGAAGUUGUGAGUUCAAAUCCCAGGUGGGGUGAUCAUGUCAAAUGUAAUCAGGUUGUCAUUGAUGUCAUUGAUAGGGGUGGCAGGGAGCCUAGCGGUUAAAAGCGUUGGGUCAGUAACCAAAAGGUUGCUGUCUUGAAUCGCCAAGAUGGAAAAAUCUGCCGUUCUGCUCUUGAGCAAGGCAGUUAACCCCCAACAACAACUGCUCCCUGGACGUCAGAGGGGUUGGGUUAAAUGCAGAAGACACAUUCAGUUGUGCAACUGACUAGGUAUCCCCCUUUCCCUGAUUAAAGAUUUGUACACUAUUUUAGCUGAAGUGCGUACCACUUACCUUAAAACCCCCAUACCAUUUCAUUACUUUCUUGGGACAAACCGGGAACUAGACAAAACCUUCAGGGUACCAUGACACAACAUCCAAAGAACGUCCUAAAAACGUCCUUGGGGACGUUCCCGGGACAAACCGCAAACUAGACAAAACCUCCAGGGGACCAUGACACAACGUCCCAAGAACGUUCAGGGGACAUUCAGGGGACCAUGACACAACAUCCCAAGAAUGUCGUAAAAACGUCCUGAGACAAACCGGGAACUAUAAAAAGGUCCCCCAGAGAACGUUCCCUUGGGACCAUCACGCAACAUCCUAAGGACUAAUAAAAUGAAAGUCCUGAGUACGUCCUAAAAAGGUCCUGACAUGGUCCUCAGUGAUGUCCUGGGAACGUACAGGGAACUAGACAAAGGUCCUCCAGAGAACGUUCCCUUGGGCCUAUCAUGCAACGUUCUUAGAACGUUCUCAGAACGUCAGUGGGAUAACGUCAUGCCAAAACCCUUAAGGGACAUAAUGGGAACGUCGCCGAAUGUCCUCAGGACGUCCCUUGUUUGCUGGGACAUUUAGUGAGCUACAUAUGCCAUUUCUAUUCCUCCGCUAUGUUUGGAGCACUAGGUUUUUUAAUGUUCUAUUUUUGGGUGCAGGUUCAAUGACUAUGAAAUGUGCAAACACAGGGAGAAAUGGCCCAGCCUGGGGGGGGCUGUCCCUUCCUCUCCCCUUCCUCCCCCACCCCGUCCCCCUGACUGCACUCAGCCGUGAAGAGUUAGGCGGUGGGGAAGGAGGGACGAGGGACUGCAGUCUGGCUGCAGUGAACACACCUCUGGCAAUCAGCACAGCUGCUUGACCUGUGUGUGUGUGUGUGUACGUGUGUGUGUGUGUAUUUGUAUGUGUGUGUGUGUGGUUUAGGGAGUAUUACAGAUGCUAACAGUAGUCUGUCAGAGUGGGUCACACUCACGCUCUCUGCUGCAUCACUGGACGGACUGUUAGAGCGCACAUGCUGUGUGAGUAUACAUGUGCUGACACCACUUCUGUGUGACUAAGGAGUAUGGCUUCGACCUAAAACCUUAUCAUUAAAUCAUCUCUACUGUGAUCAACCACUGCUUCUAUUUUUCACCAUUUUCACUUUUUAGUGCAUUAGUCAUCCAGGUUAUCUUUGGGUGCAUGCAGAUCAGAUGCUACAUCAUAUAGUCCUGUAUAGGAUUGAUGUGUGAGGCUGAGCUAGGCUUAGCCUGCCCUGCUCAGUAUUCAUUUGGCCUAUGUGUGUACUGUAUGUCUUCCUGGUCUGUUUUGGAAUACUAAUGUACUAUUAGGUAUGCACUGAUGAGAUAAAAUAGCCCAUUGCAUGUGCAGUCUGAAGCUCAGAAUGUGGUUCAGUAUUAUUGGCAGAUUGGAGAACUGACUCAAUGUAAUUUUCAGUUGUGGGCAGGAAAUACGUAGGUCACGUGGUGCCAUGCUGGCUGAUGUACAAGGCUCUCUCUAUCUGGGAAAGAACUGGGCUAUGUUAAGCACAGAGGGAGAUUGGAGUAAUGAACAGGAAGUGGGACCUGGUGUGGAGGUAGAGUGUGCAUGUGCGUGCACGUGCAUAUGACUGCUAUGGAGGUUGUGUGUGUGCGUGCGUGCGUGUGUGCGUGAGAAGUAUGGAAGUAGAGUGUAGCCCCGCCCCGGUGGUUCAGAAAAUUGCCUGGGGUGAUAAGGAGACAACAUCACAAUGGUCAUGCCAUGGCCUUCCGAAUAUGACCCCCAGUUUUUCCACUCCAAGCCAGCCAGUUAGCCAGCAAGCCAGCCACUAAGUCAGUGUGCUCUGUAGUCCCAGCCCAGGCAAUAUUAAUCACAGUAAUGUACUCCAGUACUGAGUCAGCUCAAUGCUCUGACUACAGGACCAGGACCAAGGCCAGAGAGUCAGGCUAUAGCUAGGGGCUGGAGGAUACUGCUGCCUGAUAAGUGCAGCUGCCUGCCUCUCUACUGUACGUCACAGCUGUCGGUCAGUCUGUCAGUCACUGGCCAUCAGCCUCCAGGCUGAGAUCCUCAUGGACCCUGAUGCCCUGCACCAUGCUCCCUCAGGGAGGGAGGGAGGGAGGGAGGGAGGGAGAGAGAGAGAGAGGGAGAGAGGGAGAGAGAGAGAGAGAGAGAGAGAGAGAGAGAGAGAGAGAGAGAGAGAGGCGCCAGGCAGCUCAGGUGGCUGCCCAUUCCUUCCUUUCCACUGGGCUUAGCUCCUCCUCCAGAUUAGGGAGGGCGAUUGUUAGGGAAGCGUGAGGCCGGAUGAGCUGCGUCUGAGGUGGAGUGAUCAGGUUUCAUCCCAAAUGGCAUCCUAUGCUAAAUAUAGUGCACUACUUUUGACCAGGGCCCAUAGUGCAGUGCGUAGGGAAUAGGGUGCCAUUUGCGAAGCAGCCCAGGGCUUUGAGGGCGGCUGCGCUGCGUCUGAGGCGGAGUGAUCAGGGCUUCUGUCGGCUCCUGGAUUUAUGAGGCUAAUGUGGAGGGAGGGGGCUGCAGAUCACAGUUAGUGCUACUUCCUCCCUCUGUAGAGCUGUUGAAUACAGUCUCUCUCCAUCCCUCUGCUAUACACACACAGCUGUAUUAAACAGUAGGGCCGCAGCUAGCUUCCUAUUUAGAUUCAGUUACUUACAGUAUUGUGCACCACAAAGCUAGUACCAUAGAAAUAGAAUCACCCAUUAAUGAUUCUGUAACUACCCACUACCAACCCAUUGACUUGAUUGGGGAUACCCAUUGUAGUGAUUUUAUUUAUAUGGCUGGUACCCCAUAUAAGCAAGUGGUGUAGGUAUGUACCACUCUAUCUAGAGCCUAAAAGGGAGAAACCUUUGACGAACACUUUUUGGUUCCAGGUAGAACCCUUUUGGGUUCCAUGUAGAACCCUUUCCACAGAGGGUUCUACAUGGAACCGAAAAAGGUUCUACCAGGAACCAAAAAUGGUUCUACCUGGAUGCAAAAAGGGUUAUCCUAUGGGGGUGGCCAAAGAAUCCUUUUGGAACCCUUUUUUUCUAAGAGUGUAGGGGAAUGUAGAUCAUAUGAACUUCAGAUUCCCCAUCAUACUCACAGACUGUCCAGUGAACUAAACACGACUUCCUCAAUUAGAUAUGGUCCUACAUACAAUCCUAAUAUUCUCUCCCUCCUAAACAAUGUCUCCAAGGCUACUGUAUGUGUAUGCAAUAUUAUCAAAUCAUUCAUAUCCUCAUUUGUAUAUUUACAGUGUUUCCUACAACAUCUAGCAGGUCCAAGUAUCCUUAUUUAAUGAUACUUGACACAACUCCUCUAGGGGUUGAUCCAUUCCAUGACUCCUUCCAUUGUAGUUUAUCGCUGUAAGCCCCCCCCCCCACCACCACCACCACCACCCCCACUGCAGACAUCUAACCCCCUCUCUCCUCUGUGUACAGGUUAUGUGGGUAUGCAACUUGUGCCGAAAACAACAAGAAAUCCUCACCAAGUCGGGGGCGUGGUUCUACAGCGGCACUGCAGGGCCACGGGGCGUGUCUGAGGGCCCCCGGGGUCGACGUCACGAGGAGGCCCCCCAGGAGAAGAAGGCCAAACUGCAGCAGGACCUCCUCUACCAGGGGCCCCCAGGGGACGUAUCAGCAGACAGAAGCAGACCUCCCGGGCUCCCCAGACAAGGCUCCCUCAACAACGGCUCAGGGCUGAGGCACUCGGGUCCAGGACAGGACAUAGACAGGUGA